AUGGACAUCGAUAACAGCUUGCAGUGUCUCGAAGAGCAGCUGCAAUCUGUGGCGAUACGCGAAGGAGAUCAAGAAGCAGCUGAAGAAGAAGAGGAAGAAGAACAGGGCCCAGCUAACGCGUUUUCUGAUAUUUUAGUUCGUGAGAUUUCACUGUCCACUGGGUCUACUGACAGGGGGUUCUGGGUUCCGAUUACCACUUAUAAACACAGAAAUGAAGAAUUUAAGAAACUAUUCAAACACAUGCUGGAGUCUGAGAAAUUAAUUGUGGACUAUGCCUGCGCUCUCCAGAGAGACAUCCUGCUGCAGGGACGCCUGUACCUCUCUGAGAACUGGCUGUGUUUCCAUAGUAACUUCAUUCUCUGGGAAACUACGUUAGCAAUAGCUUUGAAAGAUGUAACCUCAAUGUCAAAGGAGAAGACUGCGAGACUGAUCCCCAAUGCCAUUCAGAUUGGGACUAACAAUGAAAAGUUUUUCUUUACAUCAUUUGCUACCAGAGAGAGAAGCUACCUCAGUAUCUUCCGGGUGUGGCAAAAUGCAUUACUGAAUAAGAAUUUGACAAAGCAAGACUUUUGGCACAUGGUCCAGCAUAAUUAUGGGAGAGAUUUGGGGUUAAAUAACGAAGAAAUGGAGAGCUUACAGUUAUCCACAGAAAACCUCAAUCGAAGUGGGGUUUCAGCAACACACACCAGUGAUGAAUUUUCUCUUAAACAAGAGAGACGGAGCAGUCUUAAAAUCCCACUGAUAGAAAUGCCAAUAGAGGAUGCAAGCAGUCCAGCUGAGGGAGAAAUAGGAUUAUCCACAACACCAGUGGUAAUAAAUGGAACCUCAACACUGGAGGUAUUUGGAGAUAAUCAUGCUGGCAGGAGCCCAGUCAUGACCUCCGAGAGGAAUGCCAAUGAUCCUGCACUUUCUCUAGAUCUCAAUGGAAAUGAAGAUCUGUUGUCAGACAGGAGCGGCUCUGAUGUCAAUGAAGAAGCAGAAGAGGGACUCUUUGCUAACGAUGUACAAGGAAGAUUGUAUAUCAACCGGAUAUUUCAUAUUAGUGCAGAGAAGAUGUUUGAACUCCUGUUUACUGACUCCCACUUUAUACAGCGGUUCAUGCAAGAGAGAAAAAUUACAGGGCUGGUGAGCAGUCCGUGGGUGAGGGACGAUAGUAAAAAUCAGAAAAAAACACUGAAUUACACCAUCACUAUCUCGAAUCCUCUCAUUGGCAAGUUCUCAACAGCAACAGAAUUGCAGACCCUGCACAAAGAUAGUCAGCAAGGACAAUAUUAUCUCGUAGACGCUGAAGUGGUAACCCACGAUGUGCCCUACCAUGAUUAUUUUUACACAUCAAACCGUUACUGCAUCAUUCGAACCUCUAAACACAAGUGCAGGUUACGAGUUUCAACUGAUGUUAAAUACAAGAAGCAGCCAUGGGGUCUGAUUAAAUCCUUCAUUGAGAAGAACUCCUGGAGUGGUCUGGAAGAUUAUUUCAGACAUUUAGAGUCUGACUUGUUGAAGGAGGAGGCUCAUCUGAACCAGAGCACUGCAGACCCCAGCAAGCCAGGCGCGUUGCGGAGGCGAAGGAGGACGUACAGCCGCUCCUUGUUGGACCGUCUGUCCAAACAGUCCCCGAAACAGUUCUCAGCUGGGGACCUUGGAGCAGAGCGCAGUGAGGAAUAUUCAAGAGUAAACUUGGAUCUGAAAAAGACACAGAAAUAUAACCUCACCAAAAUUUUACUAUCAAUGAGUGUUAUCCUUCUCAUUUUGACUCUACUGAACUUGAUUUUGUUCUUCAAGCUGUGGGCUAUAGAGGACGUCGCACGUAGGAUGCACAUAUCCAACAAGCUCAGAUUCCCAGAAAAAAAUAAUUUAAAUUCAACUCCAAAUAUCAAUUCGAAACUGCCAAAAACUGCUAGGUUGAAAAUUGUGCUUCAAGAAUCUAUAGCCCUGCUGGAACAGUUGAAACGCUCACUACUGAUGCUGCAGACGAAUUUUGAGUUUCACAACAAGACGUGAGUGAUGUGACAAACCCAGAAAAUAAAACAACUCAAUAGCUUGCACAAUACAGAAUGUUUAAUUUGCUGCAUUAAAGGAAUCAUUUUUAAAUAAACUUUUGCAUAAUUGGCAUUAUACUGCUGUUACUUGACACCUUCCAGUUGUCAAGUAUUGUGAAAGGGGGAUGCUAUGAUGUUGUUUUUCUGUGACUUAAAUCAUAUAUAUAUAUAUUUUUUUUUUUUUAAAGGCUGCAUUUGAGUAACUUAAUUUAAGUAAAUGCAGUCCAUGUUUUCAUUUGACAUACGUUUGUUUUCUCAUUAUGUUUCUGGAAACUGCUGCAUUGAAUAAUUUCAUGUUUCCAGUGCCAUCUGGUGGCAACACAAGGAACUACAGCAACUACUGUUCUGAACGUUUCUUUUUGCCAGAAAACAGGAGUUUAACCGGAAGUCAGUUUAAAUGACUGACUAUAUAGUCUUACUUUUGUUAAAAUUGUAGUGGAAAAAAUGUGUUCCCACUCUCGAUUUUGGUAGAGUACUGUUCUUAAUUUCCCAAAAGGGAUGUAAAACUUGAGUUCAAAUAGCAGUAAAAGUACUGUAGGGUCAUGUUUGACUUUAUUCUUAUUGUAUUUUGACUUGCACAUGCUUGGUUUGAGUCGAGAAGCGUGGACCCCCUGUUAUAAUCUAUAUCAGAAUGAUAGCUAUACAGAACCAUAAUAAUAUUGAACCACUUAAGCAGUGUAUAGCCAACCACAUCAUAAGCCACAAUGCAAAUGAAUAUGCUCAUAGAUCUUUUAAUAGCCAGAGAGUAAUUUCAAGGGUUUUGAGGAUCAGUUCAACAAGCAAUGAGUCACAAGCUUUCACUGAAACAAAUAUCCAAACGUAAACACAGUGUGGGUGCAAGCUUGUAGACAAUCCUUAGGAUAAGUCUUCUAGAAGUCAGUAUUCUCGUUAACAAAUGCAUUUUACAGUAUGUUUAUAGAUGCAUUAUUUGUUCAAAAUGACAGUGUAAAAUUUUUUUAAAAACGUGCACGUUGAAGAAUGCAAUAAAUGUGUGGCUAUAGAGGUCAGUAUAACAGCUGUGAAAGAGGGUGGUGGGGAAACCAGACUUUCUUUGUGGGUCUGAAUUGACAUAGCCCCAAGAGAACAUGGUAAAUGGUGUCAGCAGUUACUAUUUAUUUAUUGUACUGCAUACUGUACAAAAACUACUUGAACUGUGUGGUUAUCAAUAUUGCGUUAUUGAAGCUAAAAGCCUGUACUUGCAGUAGGUAUGGUUUUCAUUCCAACUGAGCUCUCAAUUACACUUUAGUACAAUCAUUUAUUCAAAUCUAUUUAUAAAAACACUUGAACUGUUUAAAAGUGGUUCUUGUAUCCAGAUUAUUAAAUUUGGUGGAGUGACCUUUUAAUAUAUGUUUUGAAUGUACAAUUUAAAACAUACAUUUGCGGUGCCUUUUAUAUGUAUUCCUGUAAAAUAAUUCUAAAACGGUAACCUGACAAACUAGGACUGAAUUAGUUUGCAGGUAACCAUUUCUAAAUGAUUACAUGAAGUACUUUAAUUUAUUGUAGGAUUGUACUGUGUAACCAUAAAAUAACAACAAGCUGAAAUCGCUUAUAUGAAAAUUGGUUGCGUUUGUCUAAAAUAAGUAGUUUAAAGUGGCUCUUGUUUGUUUGUAAUCUUUGUUUAAAAAAAAAAAAAAAAAAAAAAAAGUUGUAAAAAAAGUUUAGAAUUUAGUACUUAUGUUGCUGCUAUAAAUAAAUAUUUUUCUU